CCCUGGGAAAAUGCCCUCCGCGUCGUCCUUCAUAAGUUCCGUUCCCCGAAAUGGCGUUACGAGCAAUUCCGGUGAGAGCCAGGAGAUAAAGCGCCACAUUUCGGAGGAUACGGCAAACAGUGCAUAAGCGGCCUGAGAGAGCUGCGAUACCCCGAGAGCGACUCCAACUCAGAAGCGAGUUUCUAAGCGAAUGAGACUAUCGGCACAGCUUCUACUUAGGGUUCCUGCGUGAGGAGACGCACAGACGAACGAAGAUGUUACUUUUGGAAUCGACCCUGUCCCCUACAGACACGGAAAGUGAAACAAUGGAAGAAGAACAGCGGCAGGAAGAGGAGGGAGCUGCCCUGCACAAUGCCGAGGAGGGGGCCAAUCGAUGUACUGUUUGUCUCGAGCCAUAUAAGCAUAGGACGUCUAUCACCCCGUGCUACCACUCGUUCUGUUUCGUCUGCAUCUCCCAAUGGGCGGAAGUCAGUCGCAGUUGUCCGCAUUGUCGUCAAAAGUUCAUCUUUGCUGUCAUUCAUGGAGAGGAUGAGCAUGAUGAACAUGAACUGCAUGAAUUUCCUGAGCUCUCUCAACCGGAGAAGGCCGCCUACGCAUUCAGGCCUCCGACUUUGCCGUCAGUUUCGGAAAGGCCGCAUCGUCAAAGCCGUAGAGCCGUCCUCUGGGGCCAGCGAGCGCCAUCUCCCGAUGUUGUCAGAAUCAUCCGCUCUGAAGAGAAGCGAAGAUUCAUUUAUCGGCACGGGCUACGGGCCAAGCACGUGGGGUCGAGUGUCAAUUCUAAAUGCAAACAAUUCGAAGCCGCAGAAUUCCGACGUUUUCCGGCGCUUUUGCGGAAGCUCGAGCCCUGGAUAGUGCGCGACUUAAAGGCGGCAUUGCUGGUUGAGGACGUUGAAAUCAUUAAGCACGUGGUCAUGGAUCUUCUUACUAAGGAAGACUUGCAGUCUGAUACGGGCAUCAACCAUCUGAGCGAUUUUCUCGCUGAUAAAGCCGAACACUUCAUACAUGAACUCAAAUGCUUCGCGCGGAGUCCCUUCAACAUGGACGUGUACGAUACGCAAGUGCAGUAUGACCCCGCUCCCGGAGACGGACGGUUCGUCCCUGAACCUUUGACGGAACCCAAUCAGACGCAGCUACUGCACGAAAACGAUGAGUUUUCGCGGUCGCCUCGUGAUCGGACUCAUCUACACGAUGAGAUUCAAAACUACGAGGGUCACUCGGAAGCCGACAAUGACGAUGACGUUGAUGCCUGUGCACUUCCCAACUCGGAUGCUGUCAAAGCUCGCAGCGGAAGUCAUGGCAGGAGCGAUCGUGAACAUGAGGCCGUCAAAACCGAUCAUCAUCAUCAUAAGACGUCUCGGUCUCAACGUAAAGGUCACCACUCGUCAACGGAUUCUGACUCGCUCCACGAAGUCAGAGUGCGUAUAAAACACAGCAAAUAUAAACGGAGGGAUGAGAGCGACCGCCGGCUGUCGGAUAGCGAGGAUGACGCUCGGGCUAGCAGUAGUAAACAACACCGCUCGCGGAAGUCGGUCUCCGGCGUGAGCGAUAAGCAUAAUGACAUUAAGCGAAAUAUUGGCGAAAAGCUAGGGCGAAACGAUCUCUAUUACUUCUCCAGCUCCGAAGACGAGGAACGCAACGGGUCGAGGUUGAAAUACUCGAGAUCUCAUAAGCGUCAACGACAUUCUAGCGAGCAGGACGCAAGGGCAGAAGCUAAGGGUCAUCGCAGACAUGGAGCGAAGCGUGCGAGCCAUGGAAGGCACCCAAGCUCUCAUGGUCAACCCGGGAAAAGAAGGGAAGUUCGCACGCCUCACAGGCGCGAGAAGGACGACACACACUACACAGUCCGAGGAACGUACCUAAGCCCAGAGCGGGAGCACAGAAACUACAGCCGCUUUUCAACAGAACUUAAGGCAGGAAGUGACGAUAUGGUAAUGGAUCAAGGAACUCAGGAGCUAUACAAUGCCAGUGUGUUCCCAAAGAAUCCGACCAGAGCAAGGAAACAUUGGGAUCUGCAGAAGAAUAAACCGUACUCGCGGAUUCCGAAAUGUGACACUUCUAAACACGUCCACUUUUCAAAGUUCGCUGACGUGUUCGAGAUUCCUUCUCGAGACGUCUUUGUGAAGAUUCCCUCGCUUGGCUCAUCUACGACGCGCUCGAAGGGCAACAAAUCGCAAUCGUCUCACGAAAUCAUCACGGUCACUGGUGGCGAGCCGGUUCCGAGCCCUCUUUUACCUCGACUAUCUCAUAUAUCUUACGACGCGGCCCUCUGCAAACAAAAGAUAGCACAGAAACGGCACGACCUAGAAGUGGCGAAGAUGCUGGCAGCGAAUGAUCGGAUGAACGCCGGAACGCAGAAAAUUGGGAGGCAGAACGCGGGUACGGAAUCGCUGCUGGAGCAGAAAGCUCUGGUGAAGACGCAACGCCAGGCUCUCAAUGGCUCCGCCGCUGAUGCGCCCCUUGCCGCGGCUGCUGCGGUAGUCUCGACGUCGUCGACCUCAUUAGGGCCGUUGUCUGGUAUAAACAGAGAGGCACUCUUGAGGAAGAUGGCUGUGGCAACCUUGGCGAAGGCCAAAGCUGGCAAAGCUGGUGCGAACAAUGGUGGACCCAACGGUGGUGGUUAGAGCAGCUUCGUUUGCGAUAUAGAAGCCUCAGUCCAGUAGUCCCGUUUUGGAUUUGCAUGACUUCUCAUUUAGGAAGCUCGAUUUGUUAAGUUCCAUUUGUUGCGCGAACAAGGAGUCUUCAAUCAUAACCGUAA